GCGUUGAAGCCGCUACAUCUGUUGAAAGUGACCAGACUCUCAGUUUGUUCAGCACCUGUGCACAGACGGAGCCAGCAGUCUCCGGAUCGUGGUCAGAAUUAACCAGCAUCAGCGACAGACGCGGGCGGCUGGGAUCCAGAGAGCAAUUUAAAUCAUUGCUAUUUCUCCUCCAGUCUCUGCACUGCAAUCAGAAGCCGAGGAUGGCGAUGAAGCGCGGCGCCACAUCCAGUUGCCUCUUCGUUCUUAUCUGCUAUGUUGCAGCUUCAACCCCAGGCAGCAGUACAACUACGGACCCCACAGGAACAUUCACUGAGACCUCUUCAAGUACAUUAUCUACAGCAGGUACGACCUGGUCAUCAUCAAACUCCACUUCGCCGGUGGCACCAACCUCCAUGGCGACUGAACAAGCAAGUGCUUCGAGUUCAGCCAUUGGUAACACAACUUUGGUUGUCAGCUCGAGUACGGCAGCUGUUAAUGCACCCUUGCCCUCCAGCACGAGUGUGGCAAGUGGUAACGCCAACACCACCGCGGUCCCUGGCGCUUCGGCAAAUGGUAACACCACCCAGGCCCCGGCAACUGGCAACACAACCAUGUUCCUAAGUUCAAGUAUGGCAACUGGCAACACAACCAUGUUCCCAGGUUCAAGUGCGGCAAAUAUUACCACUGGCAUGGUGCCAGGUUCUGGUAUGGCAACUGUUAACACAACCAUGUUCUCAAGUUCAAGUAUGGCAAAUGUUAACACGAGCAUGGUUACAGGUGCCAAUAUGGCAACUGUUAAUACAACCAUGUUCCCAAGUUCAAGUUCGGUAAAUGUCAACACCACCUUGAUCUCUGGUGCUACCACUACUGGAGCUUUAUUAUCCAAUACAAGUUCCACAACUGUUUCUAUCGCCAAUGAAACAUCUACUUCAGCCCAGAACAAUAUGAGCACCGAUGGAACGAUGGCCACUGGUUUGAAUUCGUCGUUUGUGUCUAUGAGCUCCCAGGUCAACCAAACGGGCACAGUAACAAGUGCUCCAACAACUUUGGCUGUAACCCCGUCUACAAUUGCGACUGAGAACGUCACCCAAACUUCAACAUUUGACCCCACAGCCAUCGCUACCCUACCUAGUAAUGCAUCAACCAACUCGACGAGUGCAAGUACAGCUACAAAUACAACAGUACCAACUACAGUUUCAAAAAAUGAGACCUCUAUCACAAUUACUCCUAACACCACACUAACAAGCACACCAGUACCAACGAUGCUAGUCAACACCACAGCCCUCACUACAAACGUUCCCAAUUCCAAUAUGACCACACAUUCUCCGAAGACUUCAGCAAUGCAGCCUGCAGUUCAAUGCCUUAAUGCGAUUUGUCCAUUCGGCAGUAAAUGUGUGAAUCUUUUUGCAUCGUACAUCUGUCGCUGUCUUCCUGGACAAUAUGUGCAAGAUGGUAACUGCGUAACAGUGAGAACCUUCCCUGGCGUCCUCCAUUUAUCAACCAUGAAUUUUCUUCCGGCCAUGAAUGAAAUGAAUUCAAGGACAUUCUUCGAAACGGCAUCCAAAAUAGAGAAGGAGUUGAAAAGAUUCUUCAAAAAUGACCAUUCCUACUACAGAUCUAUUGUUUGGAAGCUUGAAAAAGGGAGUGUUAAGGCCUUUGUUGACAACAUCUUUUCAUCUUCUUCCAAUGCAACAGAAGCAUCUGUCAUCCAAAAUAUCAAAGCUGGCAUCAGAAACUGUUCAAACUGCUCACUGGUAACGACAUCCGACAGUUACGUUCCUGAUACUCUGUGCAACCUCAAUUUUUGUGAUAUCAACACCUCCAAAUGCAAAGCGAACAAUGGGAUUGGCAUGUGCAGCUGUCUACCUGGUUACUACAAGUUUGUAAAUACUGAUCGAAGUUGCAAAGCAUGUCCAAGCGGCCUCAAGGUUCAGAAUGGAGCAUGUGUAAAGUGUCCAUUUGGUUACGGAGGAUUCAACUGCGAUAAAUCAUAUUUGUUGGCACUGGUGGUCGUUUCCUGUGUGCUGGGUGGUAUCCUCCUACUCCUGCUGUUGGCCUUAAUGGGAACCUGCCUCAGAUUAAGGAGUGGUGCUUAUAGCUCCUCAUCCGGCUCCCAUGACUAUGUGAUGUGGCCCAAAUCGGAGAUGCCAAAGAUACCCCGUGCCACCAUGCACUGGGAUGGCAACCAGCUGGAGAUGCAGGAGAACGGGAGCACCAGCAGCUUAACUGACAUCCACCGGGAAGGAGGAAGAACGCCUGAGAAGAACGAUGACUUGAAGACCUUUAAAGGAAAGCAGCAGUCUCGUUACACCUAUCUCUGUCAGGGGCAAGAGAAUCCAUAUUACGUCAGUGAUGAAAAGAAGCCGGAGUACUUGUAGAAAUCGGAAGAUGAAGCACAUGCACUCAGACUAUUGUAAAGAGGCUGGCGUCCUUUGUACUUGUGUGUUUGUCACACAGCAAGCGUGAGGGAGGGGGCGGAAAAGAUGAAUUUUACAAAAUUUCUAAACCAUGUUAUUGGAAAAUGGAAUUCAGGCCAACUGGCUACUAAAAUAUCAGAUGGGUAGAUAGAUAUCCAAGGUAGACUCUUUAGAACCUGCUGUUUGCCUCUCCUUACCCCAACAACAGCAAACAAAUCAAAUCACUAUUCCCAAUAUAACCACAUGAAACAUGGGAGAGAUAAGAAACAUAGAAUAAAAGCCCAUGGAAUAUUAGUGGUCCCAAGAUUGGGAGGGGAGCUUGGAUAUGAAGAGUAUCUCAUAUUUGGGGCAUUAAAAAAAAAAAAAAAAAAAAAUGUAUAUGUGAUACAAAAUCCCAACAUUUAUUUCCAAACCCUAUUGUGGAAGUAAUUCAUUUGGUAUUCAACAUCAUACUGCACACAGAUGCAGUAGAAAAUUUUCCAUUUAAAUAAUUCGGGGAUCCUCUCCAACACAUCCCAACCAAGAUUUAUUUUCUAAAUGAAAGAAUAUAUUAAAUUGCUCAUUUAUUUUAAGAUUUAAGUUAUCCUUAAAAUGUCAACCUUCCUUUUCCAUCCAGGAAUAUCUGUAACAAUUUCAUGCUUGUUUGAAUGUAUUUAAACUGUUGGGAUCAGGUGUAUGUCACGCCACAAUGUGUCCAGACUAGUAAUGUCAGGGGUAAAAAUUAUUUCUAUCUAGUUUUAGUGCACAUUCAGUCAGCAGCUCUUUUAUAUUGCACUGCUUUCUGAGGAUGGGUUGGAAUAAGCAAUGUGGUGGGAGUUCCCUUUCUUUACAUAAACAAUAUGUUUAUCCAAACAAGCAACGAGGAAACUAAUCUUUGAAAGUAUGUUAAGAUGUUGGUUCGUAGAGAAAUAGGAAAUAGCAAUUUGCAGCUUAAAAUGGUAGAAGGAAUCUUUACAACAUGACAAAUCUUAUUCAUGUUGUUGUAUCACCAGCCAGCUAAAGAGUACAUAUUUUCACCAACAAAUGACUUAAAUUGUUUUAAAAGUUUUAAUACUGAUUGAUUAUGUGGAUAUGAUGUAAAUAUUCUGGUGCACACUUUAGCUUCAAGAUGUAUAUUUAGUUUAUCGACUAUUGUGGGCAAACUUUUUGGUUUGAAUCUGCAAUCUGUUUAAAAUAAUCCACCGCCUUUCGAAAUCGAUUCAUUAAUUUAUUUCUGCAGUGAAGACUCUAGAUCUAAUUAAUAUUCCCUGGCACAAGGGAAUGCAAAUGUGUAAUAAAAUAGGUUUUGAUUCUUUUCAUAACUUUUUGAUUUCUUAGCAUGUUGGAAGAAUGAAUAUAAAUAAGCUUGCACUGUAAGAAACAUUCAUGCUUUUUAAGGUGUCAGUAAAAUUUUGCUUGUC